ACAGGAGUGAUACAGUGAUUUCCAUUAAGGGCAGUGGGCGGCGCGCACACACAGCCUGUCUUAUUGCGAUAUACGUGAGUGCGCGUUCAUUAUCAACCAACCAGCCAGCGAGCCCGCACUCCUCCAACCAAACCCAGCCGAACCACACCGAGCCGAGCCAGAGCCACUGGAGCAUUUAGCCGUGCCGCCCCGCACAGAGGCAGCAGAGGAGGAAUGAUGACCUGGUAGCGCAUCUUUACGCACCCGACCCGCCGUCCGUCCCUUAUAAAUCCACAAUCUGCCUCUUUACGUUUAAUUCUCUCACCGAGACCAUGGAGACGGCAGUUUCCAGGACCGAUAUUCUCAUCUCUCAACUGCUCCUUUUCAGCCAAAUAGUUGUGGCAGCGGAGCCGCUGGUCCGAGGCCUGAGAAAACUCCCUGAAGAUAUCGACUGGUCAUAUUCAGGUGUCCUGAGCCAGCGCAACUGGGGUAAGAAGUACCCAGCCUGUAACAGUGCUAGGCAGUCUCCUGUGGACAUCGACGAGACCUUUACCCAAGUCAGGCUGCAGUACCAGAAUCUACAGUUAGAGGGCUGGAACAAACUGACGGCAGAGUCCAGCACCAUCCACAAUGACGGGAAGACAGUGUCCAUCAGUGUGGAGGGGGAGUUCUUCGUCAGUGGAGGAGGGCUGAGCUCCAGGUUCCGUGUUGGUAGGAUCACCUUCCACUGGGGGCGCUGCAAUGCAACAUCAGACGGGUCUGAACACAGCCUGAACGGGAUGAAAUACCCUCUGGAGAUGCAGAUCUACAGUUAUGAUCCAGAUGACUUUCAAAGUCUGGAUGAUGCUAUUAGGGAAGGAGGGAGGAUCUCUGCCUUAGUCGUGCUCUUUGAGAUCGGAUUGGAAGACAGCGAGAACUUCAUUCCUGUAAUAGAAGCCGUCAACACGGUCAGCAGGUUUGGUAAGAGCGGGUCGAUAGAAGCUUUCACCUUAAGGUCCUUGCUGCCUAAUAACACAGAUAAAUAUUACAUCUACAACGGCUCACUAACUGCUCCUCCCUGCUCGGAAACGGUGGAAUGGAUCAUCUUUAAACACACUGUGGCCAUAUCUGAGACACAGUUGGAGGUGUUUUGUGAGGUGCUGACCAUGGAGCAGGCCGGGUAUGUGAUGCUGACGGAUUACCUGCAGAACAACUUCAGGGAGCAGCAGCAACAGUUCAUGGGUCAGGUGUUUGCCUCGUACACCGGAGUGGAGGACGUGCUCACACCCACCUGCAGCUCGGAGCCAGAGAACGUUCAGGCUGACGCCCAGAACGACACAACUAUCGUAGUGACAUGGGAACGUCCCCGUGUGGUUUACGACACAACCAUCGACUGGUACACCGUCACCUACCAGAGGCUGCAGGGUCAAGACCAGAGCAAGCAGGAGUACAGGACAGACGGGGACCAGGACGUGGGCGCCAUCAUCCCCAGUCUGCUGGCCAACAGCAGCUAUGUGGUUCAGGUGGUUGCGUUUUGCACCAACGGACUCAGAGGACGAUGGAGCGACCAGAUUAUAGUGGACAUGCCGUUAGAGGACCCUGAAAGUGAUUCAGAUCCUGAUGCUGUCGCAAAAGAUCUGGAAGGCACCAGGGAGUUCUCAUCUAGAGCCAAAGCAGAGAGGCCAGAGAACCAGAAUCAGGUGGAUUUUUCUCCAGACGACCACAGCCCCGUGGAGGAGAUCCCAGUGGAGCAGACCAGGGUUUACCAGAACCAACCUACAUACCACCACAAUCUCCCAGUGCAGGUCAGCACCCGUUCAACCCCAGAGACCCCGUCUGAGUCUGCUGUUCUACAGAAAACUGGACUCAACCAGAAUAUAAAAAAGAAACCAGACCAGAGCAGGUCUAAACCCGAUGAUAUGGAUCAGAACUGGAUUUACGAGGAUAGUGAUCCAACGCACCGGCCAAUCACUAAAGCAGGUUUUGAUGGCAACGGUGCAAUAUGGGUGACUGAGGUAACAGAGCAGCCGGGCUUCCUGUUUCCAGUUGCUCGGACGACCACACUGCCGACGAUCCGCCGACAAAUCACAGAGGAGGCCUCGCUGUCAGUGUUGCCACAACAGUCAGGAGAUCACAGUUCACUAGACCAAGCUGGAGAGAGUGGGCUCCCUUCUCCCCAGUCAGAUCUCUACACCCCUCCUGUGGAGGACAUGCAAGUCACAGAUAUCUUCUAUGAAGACACAGUCAACAACUUCCCACUAGAAACAACCACUUCUGCUGCAACAGUGUCUGCUGCUGCUGCUGCCGUGUUGCCAGGUGAUAAAGUGGACAAAGUCUCCCUGUCGUCCUCUGGAGAUGAUGAUGCCCCUGUGAACAAACCCUAUCCAGACACCGUGACCUCGGUUUCCUCCACCUAAUCCCCCGUCUGGAUCACGGCGAGGGCGGCAACUGCCAGCAACACACUGGCUGAGUCUGUCUACAAAACAUUCACAACCUCCUCUCUUCUCAGGGUGCUGAUGCACACAACCCAGCCCAUGUUUAACGAGGGCAGCAACAGCAGCCAUGAGUCUCGGGUCGGCCUGGUUGGAGGUGUGGAGAGGGAGAAGAGGACAGUUGUUCCUCUGGCUGUCGUCUCCACUCUCACCAUACUCUGUCUGCUGGUACUAGUGGGCAUACUCGUCUACUGGAGAAACUGUUUCCAGGCAGCUAAUUUCUACCCAGAUGACAGCGCGUCACCUAAAGUCAUUUCAGCUCCAUCUACACCACUGCUGCUGGCCACAGAUGGUCACGAGCCACUGACAGUGAAACAGUUUGUGAAGCAUGUGAUGGAGCUGCACACCACCAACACCUUCUCCAAGGAGUUUGAGAUUGUCAAAGAAUCCUAUGAGGAAGUACAGGCGUGCACGGUGGACAUGGGCAUCACUGCUGACAGCUCCAAUCACCCUGACAACAAAAGCAAGAACAGAUACAUAAACAUACUGGCCUAUGAUCACAGUAGAGUCAAACUCUCCAACAGUUUGGACAGAGACGGGAAAUGUGGAGACUACAUCAAUGCUAACUUUGUAGAUGGCUACGAGCGAACGAGAGCAUACAUCGCAGCUCAGGGGCCUCUCAGAGCGAGCAGGGAAGACUUCUGGAGGAUGAUCUGGCAGCAGAAUGUUGGAGUUAUUGUCAUGAUCACCAACCUCAAGGAAAAAGGACGGACAAAAUGUGACCAGUACUGGCCGGAGGAGAACCAGGAGGAAUACGGUCCCUACCAGGUGACCCUGAAAAGCAGCAAAACCCUCGCUUACUACACACUGCGGACGUUCACUGUCAGAGACACUACAAAUAAGGCUUCUCAGAGGAGAGUUGAACACACAGUCCUUCAUUAUCACUACACCCAGUGGCCAGACAUGGGUGUCCCAGAAUACACCCUGCCUGUGCUGUCCUUCAUCAGAGCAUCCUCCCAGGCGCGAACACAAGAGAUGGGACCUGUACUGGUACACUGCAGUGCCGGUGUAGGAAGGACAGGAACCUACAUCGUGAUUGACAGCAUGCUGCAGCAGAUCCAGGAUCAGGGUACAGUGAACGUCCUUGGUUUCUUAAAGCAUGUCCGGACGCAGAGGAACUUCCUGGUUCAGACGGAGGAGCAGUACGUGUUCAUCCAUGACACUCUGGUGGAGGCCAUCUUGAGCCGUGGCACCUUAGUGACCUCUGACCUCCUCCACACUUAUGUGUCUGACCUUCUGAUCCCUGGGGCGUCAGGCAGGACACGCAUGGACAAACAGUUCAAGUUGAUCAGUCAGCGUCAGGCGAAGCACGCAGACUACAGCACUGCCCUGAGAGACGGCAAUGCUGAGAGGAACAGGGCCAGAGCUCUGAUGCCUGUGGAAAGAUCAAGAGUGUGUCUGACCACUUCAGAGACAAACUCCACAGGGUACAUCAAUGCCUCCUACGUCAUGGGACAUCACCACAGCAAGGAGUUCAUAGUGAGCCAGACUCCUCUGAGCAGCACGGUCGCAGAUUUCUGGAGAAUGAUCUGGGAACGCAGCACACACACUGUUGUCCGUCUGCCAGACACACACUGUCAGAGUGAAGAGGCUGAGUCGUGUGUUUACUGGCCCAGUAAAGACCAGCCACUGAACUUUGAGGGUUUCACUGUGUCAUAUUUGGGGGAGGAGCAUGUGUGUCUGUCCAAUGACGAGAGGCUUUUGGUGCAGGACUUUACACUGGACUCUCCACAGAACAAUUAUGUGUUGGAGGUGCGUCAGUACAGCGCCUCCUGCUGGCCCAACCCGGACAGUCCCAUCAGGAACAGUUUUGAUCUGGUCAGCACAGUCAGAGAGCACAGCAGACAUUCAGACAGUCCGACAGUCGUGCAUGAUCCGUUGGGAGGUGCUACAUCAGGGCUGUUCUGUGCCCUCACCACCCUGUCCAGUCAGCUAGAGGAGGAGGGAGCAGUCGAUGUUUACCAGGUGGCACGGAUGACCAACCUCAUGAGGCCUGGGGUUUUUAAUGAUAUUGAGCAGUACCAGUAUCUGUACCGAGCAGUGCUGAGUCUGGUGAGCAGCCAGGAAGACCAGAGAGCCCUGCAGAGUCCAGAAACCAAUGGAUCUGUACCACUGGGACAGACGAACAUCGCUGAGAGCUUGGAGUCACUUAUGUAGACACACUCACACACACUAACACAGACAAAGACACAGACGCAUGCACACACAUACACAGAAUUCACACCAGUAUAGACUGACUAUCAUGUCAGAUAGAGUGGCCAAUUGGUCAUACGCGUCCUUUUAAAGGGACAGUUCACCCAAAAAUCAAAUAUACAUAUUUUCCCUCUUUAACAUAGUACUAUUUAUUAUUUUA